GACUCUGUGUUUUUUUUUUUUUUUGAGUCAAAAAGCAGAGACACUGGAAAAAGGUGAGCCCGUCCUCUCAAAUCCCUCUCUCUCUCUCUCUCUGAGAAUGAAAGAUUCGUAGAAAUCUGAUCGGAGAUUGUUGCGAUGGCGGUGAUCGUAGAGAAGAGUGUAUGGGACGGUGUUUUGGAACUGACGAAGUCGGCUCAGGACAAGGGCAGCGAUCCCUCGAAUUGGGCGAUUCAGCUCUCCACCAUCCUUAACUCCGCCGGAGUUUCCAUGCCCUCCACCGACCUCGCCAGCUUUCUCGUUUCUCACAUUUGUUGGGACAAUAACGCUCCGAUUACCUGGAAGUUUCUCGACAAGGCCUUGACCAUGAAAAUCGUGCCUCCGAUGCUCGUUCUCGCUCUUCUUUCUACUAGGGUAAUUCCAAGUCGACGGUCCCAUCCUGCGGCUUACAGACUUUAUUUGGAGCUCCUUAAGAGACAUGCUUUUUCACUUGCAUUUCAAAUUAAUUGUCCAAAUUAUGAAAAGAUCAUGAGAUCAAUAGACGACGUUCUUCAUCUUUCCCAGAUAUUUGCCAUUCAGGCAUCUGAACCUGGGCUACUUGUAGUUGAAUUUAUCUUUUCAAUUGUAUGGCAGUUACUUGAUGCAUCACUAGAUGAUGAAGGAUUGCUGGAAUUUACACCAGAAAAGAAGCCUAGGUGGCCAACUGGGACACAAGAUAUGGAAAUUGACAGUCAUGAUAGCUUCAAUGAGAAUAGAAUGGAACGCCAUGAGGGAAUGCACAAAAUUAAUACAGUAAUGGCUGUUGAGAUAAUUGGAGAAUUUUUCAAGAAUAAAGUGACUUCUAAGAUUCUUUACUUGGCACGUCGAAACAUGUCCUCACACUGGGGAUGUGUCACUCAGCAUGUGCAACUGCUUGCUUCAAACUCAUCAGCAUUGAGAAAUUCAAAAGAUAUUACUCCUGAGGCUCUUCUGCAGUUAACUUCCGAUAAACGUAGAGUUCUGUCCCGUGAAUGCAAAACAAGCUUGCAGAACCAGUUUCAUGCAGUAAUAUCUGGGUCACUUGUAUCUUCAGCUGGUCAAUGUCAUGGCACUAGUCAAUCUGCACUUUGGCUUCCUUUUGACCUGUUUCUGGAAGAUACUAUGGAUGGAUCACAAGUGACAGCUACGAGUGCUGUUGAAACUCUUACUGGUUUAGUGAAGGCUCUUCAGGCUGUCAAUCAAACUACUUGGCAUGAUACAUUUCUUGGCCUAUGGAUUGCCGCUCUACGACUUGUUCAGAGGGAUAGGGAUCCCAGUGAAGGUCCUGUACCUCGUCUAGAUACGGGCUUGUGCAUGUUAUUGUCUAUUACAAUACUUGCAAUUUUGAAUAUUAUUGAGGAGGAGGAAACUGCCUUGAUUAAAGAAGCUGAGUGUGGUGCCACCAGUCAAAGGAAAGAGAAACAUGUUUCAGGAAAGCGUCGCAGGGAUUUAAUUUCCAGCCUACAGCAAUUGAAUGAUUUUGAAAGUUUGUUGACUCCGCCUUUACCCGUAAUUUCAGUAGCCAACCAGGCUGCUGCCAAAGCAAUGAUGUUUCUUUCAGGCAUAACAGUUGGGAGUGGAUACCUUGACGGGGUGAGCUUGAAUGACAUGCCAGUGAAUUGUUCUGGAAACAUGAGGCAUCUGAUUGUUGAGGCAUGUAUUGCCAGAAAUCUUUUGGACACAUCUGCGUAUUUAUGGCCUAGCUAUGUAAAAGGCCGCAGCAACCAAAUAACUCGUAGUGUUUCUGGUCAAAUACCCGGUUGGUCAUCAUUGAUGAAGGGGUCCCCUCUAUCACCUCCAAUGGUAAAUGCGUUGGUUUCAACUCCAGCUUCAAGCUUAGCAGAAAUAGAGAAAAUAUAUGAGAUUGCUGUCAAUGGUUCAGAUGAUGAGAAGAUAUCUGCUGCUACAAUUCUCUGUGGGGCGUCCUUGAUACGUGGUUGGAAUAUACAGGAACAUACUGUUCUUUUGAUUAUAAAAUUGCUGUCACCUCCAGUUCCUGCAAAUUGUUCUGGGAAUGAGAGCCAUUUGAUAGGCUAUGCUCCAUUUCUGAAUGUUCUUCUUGUUGGAAUAUCGUCUGCUGAUUGUGUUCAGAUUUUUUCCUUACAUGGCGUGGUUCCUCAACUUGCCGGCACAUUAAUGCCCAUCUGUGAGGUCUUUGGAUCAUGUGCACCCAAGGUCUCUUGCACUCUUGCAACAGGGGAAGAAAUUUCUUCCCAUGCUGUGUUCUCCAAUGCAUUUACUCUGCUGCUGAAGCUAUGGAGGUUUGAUCGUCCACCUCUUGAACAUGUUAAAGGAGAUGUUGCUCCUGUGGGAUCCCAACUCACUCCAGAAUACCUAUUAUUGGUGCGCAACUCACAGUUAGCAUCAUACACAAUCACACCUAAGGAUCAACAUAAAAGCAAGAGACUGUCAAAAUUUUCAAGUCCAUAUUCGACAGAACCAUUAUUCAUGGAUGCUUUUCCAAAAUUAAAACGCUGGCACCGGAAGAAUCAAGAAUGCAUUGCUUCAACCCUCUCUGGUCUUCUACAAGGCAGCUCUGUUCAUCAGAUUGUGGAAGGGCUCUUGAACAUGAUGUUCAGAAAAGUAAAUAGAGGUGGUCAUCCCACGACUUCUACGACUUCUGGAAGUAGUAACUCAUCUGGGUCUGUGUCGGAAGAUGCCUCCCUUCGACUUAAAUUACCUGCUUGGGACAUUCUUGAAGCUGUCCCCUUCGUGCUAGAUGCUGCUUUGACAGCCUGUGCCCAUGGAAGAUUGUCUCCUCGUGAACUGGCGACGGGUCUCAAAGAUCUUGCUGAUUUUCUUCCUGCAUCCAUGGCUACUAUUGUAAGUUACUUUUCAGCUGAAGUAACUCGGGGUAUUUGGAAGCCUGCUUCUAUGAAUGGUACUGAUUGGCCAAGCCCUGCUGCAAAUUUAGCCAUCGUUGAGCAACAGAUAAAAAAAAUCUUAGCGUGCACUGGUGUUGAUGUCCCAAGUCUGGCUGCAGGUGGAAGCUCUCCAGCUACGCUGCCUUUACCUUUGGCUGCCAUUGUAAGCCUCACAAUAACCUAUAAAUUAGACAGGACCACCGAACGUUUGCUAUUUCUGAUUGGCCCGGCUUUGGAUACCCUUGCAUCUAGUUGCCCUUGGCCGUGUUUGCCCAUCAUAGCCUCCUUGUGGGCUCAGAAAGUAAAACGUUGGAGCGACUUUCUUAUUUUCUCUGCAUCCCGUACUGUCUUCCACCACAAUAGCGACACAGUAGAUCAGCUCCUAAGACUCUGCUUCACAUGCACACUUGGCCUAAAUUCCACUCCCAGCUUGAGCAACGGUGGUGUGGGUGCCCUUCUAGGUCAUGGAUUUGGGUCUCAUUUCUCCGGUGGGAUUUCUCCGGUUGCCCCCGGAAUACUCUACUUACGAGUUCACCGGUCUGUCAAAAACCUCAUGUUCAUGACAGAGGAAAUCGUUUCCCUUCUAAUGCGUUCUGUUAAAGAUAUUGCAAGUUGUGGGUUACCUACAGAGAAAAUGGAUAAGUUGAAGAAAGCAAAGUAUGGGAUGAGAUAUGGUCAGGUGUCACUCGCCGCAGCGAUGGUGCGUGUCAAGCUUGCCGCUGCCCUAGGAGCUUCGUUAGUUUGGAUAACCGGUGGAUUAAGUUUGGUUCAAUCUUUAAUCAAGGAAACUUUGCCAUCUUGGUUUAUAUCGGUUCAUCAGACAGAGACCGAUGGGGGGGAAUCCAGUGGGAUGGUUCCUAUGCUAAGAGGUUGUGCUCUUGCAUACUUUGCAGUGCUUUCGGGGGCAUUUGCUUGGGGAGUGGACUCAUCAUCACCAGCAUCUAAGUAUCGGCGAAUUGUUCUUGGGGCCCAUUUAGAAUUCCUAGCCAGCGCGCUCAAUGGGAAAAUAUCACUCGGUUGUGAUAGCGUGACGUGGCGGGCCUACGUGUCGGGGUUUGUGAGCUUGAUGGUGGGAUGUACACCGAUGUGGAUGCUCGAGGUGGAUGUUGAUGUAUUGAACAGAGUGAGCAAAGGAUUGGUAAAGUUGAAUGAGGCAGAACUGGCUCUUGCACUGCUCGGCAUUAGUGGCAUCGGUGCAAUGGGUGCAGCUGCUGAAUUGAUUAUCAAAAAUGAGUUAUGAAUUUUCUCAGACAAUUUUUAAGCAUGGAAAGUAGCAUUUUUAAGGUACAAAAUUUUGUAUUGCAUGAGGUUAGGGAUAUAUAGACUUAUGUUUAGUUAUCAGUUAGGUCCCACUUUAAUUAAAGCACAGAUCAAAAAGAGAGAAAGAAUUGGUGUAUGGUUUUUGGAGCCUCUGUGCUCUUUGUAAAUACAGCUUUGCUUGAAACUGUUUUGUAAAGUGGAAAUUGUGGAAUAGAUUAGGUGAUUCUGUAACCUUUUUAAGUUGGCACUGAAAUUUUAAACAGGGUCUUAGAAAUCUGUUUA